CUCAAACUACUAGCUUUGAAACGAAGCAGUCAAAUACUUCAGGCUGCCUCAUCUCGAACGUAGCAAAUCCUCCGCUUUAUCAGAUCCACCUUCUGCACGCCUACAACAGCGGAUCCUGGCCACUCCUUCACGGAAAUCUGCACUCAGCACACGAGCCCCGCAUAGGACACCACACACCAGCAACUCAGCAACAACGCGUUGACCGAUUGCUCACUAGUCACUCAAGAAAUCGCCGAGCUGACGUAGAGUGAAUAACUUACGACCACAUCACCCCUGGAAUCUCGGGAAUCCGAACAUUCUAACAAUGGCGAAUGAAGCUCCAAUUCCCAAGAAGAUCCUCUUGUUCGGAGCCACUGGCGUCAUCGGCAAAUAUAUUCUGAACGCGCUUAUCGAGGCAAAGUCUUCAUUUGAGAAGAUUGGAAUUUUCACAUCGCCGGAGACGGUGAAGAGUAAGGCUGAUAUAGUUGAAAACUUGAAGACGAAGGGCGUGGAUGUCGUGGUUGGGAAUGUGGACUCGGAAGAGGAUGUUUCCAAGGCAUUUGAAGAUUACGACACCAUCAUCUCCGCCCUCGGCCGCUCUGUUCUACUGACCCAAAUCCCGCUCCUAACGCUCGCCGCUCGCUCCCCCAAUAUCCACACCUUCUAUCCCUCCGAAUAUGGUACUGACAUCGAGUACUCCCCUGCAUCUGCUACCGAAAAACCACAUCAGAUGAAACUCGCUGUUCGCAAGCACAUUCACGAAAACAUUGACACCGACAGGUUGAAAAUAACGCACUUGGUGACAGGGCCGUACAGUGAUUUGUACAUCGGGAAAAUGGUAGGCGCAGAGGAGGUCGGGAGUUUCGACGUGCGGGAGAAGAAGGCUGUGUUAUUGGGGACAGGGGAAGAGAGAGUGUCGUUUACAACUAUGCGGGAUGUGGGAAACCUGCUCGUAGCUGCCCUUAACACCCCUUUCCCCUCUUCUAGCUCUUCCCGAAUUCUAAAAGUAAACUCGUUCACAACUACUCCACGUUCUAUUCUCACAGAGUUCGAGAAGCAGACAAACGGGAAGUGGGAAGUAAGUUACACAUCGCUGGACAAGUUAAAGGAGUUGGAGGCAAAGGCCUGGGAGGAGAAGAGUCCGAUUGCGGCCGUGUAUACGUUGAGGAGGAUAUGGACGCAGGGUGGGACGUUGUAUGAGGGAAGGGAUAACGGGAAGAUUGGGGAUCCGAAGAUGGAGACGUUGGAGGAGCAGGUGAGGAAGGCGGUGGAAAUUGAGGUUAGGGGUGUUUAGGAUGGGAAGUUGUAG